GAUCGGGCCAUGCGUCGCGUGUCAGUCUGCCGAUACGUCUGACGCGGCACGGUCGUCGUAGCGCUCAGCGAUAAAUGAUAUAAUAUUGUAUCGACGAUACAUCGAUUUACAUAUUAUAAUAUUUUAUAUCGCGUAGCGUAUACGCUCAUACGAAGUGCCGUCAUUGGCGAUCUGCACGAUAAAUUAAUAUUGUCAUUUGAUUAGCACGCGCCGCGAGUCGGUGUUUACACGCACACGAAAUCGCACGCGAUGAAAACGUUACUGUGGUCCUGCUGCUGGGCGCUGAUGUUCGCGUCGAUGGCUCUGUCCACCGCGCCGACAAACAGCUCGUCCUCCGCGGAACGGCACGACGUCGUCGGGACGUCACGAAACUCCACGGCCGUCGUCGCGACGUCGUCUCCGGCGGACGACGGUGACGACGGCGAUCGAGCGGCCGAUUCGGGUGAGUUGAUCGGUGCGGGUGACCGCGGUGAAGACGACGGCGGCGGCGGCGGAAGCUCCGACGGAAGCGCCGCCGCGGGAGGCCGAGUGGCCGAACUCUACGAGGAUCUCGAGGACUCUGUGGUGUUCGAAGACGCGGACGGCCACGGCGACGGUGGCGGUAGAUCUGCGGCGGACGACUUCGCCGCCGAUGACCAUCAGCCGCCGUUGACCGACGACGCGGCGCCGAGAUCGGCCGCGGUCGGCGAAUCGUCCGCGUCCGCCGAGGAGUACGACGCGGCCGCGGACGACGCUUCGCCGGCCGGCACCAGUCCGGUGGGCCACGUCCUCCAGCGGUCCGUCAAGUAUCCCGAGUACGUGCGGUCGUCCAGCUACCGCCGAGGGUGGCCGGGAGGCAACGUCACCCGUCCCGAAGACGUGUUCCGGUUUUGGGACGCGUACGAGUGGACGGCCACGCCGGCCGUAUCGCCGCUGUGCGUCGACCAAAUGCAACUCUACCAGGCGGCCCUGCGCAACGGCAAGAUGUGGGCGUUCAAAAUGGCAGAUGCUAGUGGACAUUACAGCAGUGGUUAUUUCUGGGGAAAUACGUUCUGGUUAGGAUCAAAAAGUUUGUGUACAGAAAUAUCAGAAUAUGAUGAAGAAGUACCUUUCAAACUAGGAUUUAAUAUAAUAAAAACAUACAUCGCCUUAAAAGCACCUAUUAAUUAUACGGAGAGGUAUCAGCACUUGGGAUUGUGUAUGCCCUACUCAUGUUCCAAAGAAGACGUAGACGUGAUGGUCAAUCAAACGCUACAUCAAGACAUCCCGGAAAGAAACGUCAAAGUUGCCAAAGUGAAAUCACCUCACGAUUACUAUGACUUAUUUGGUGAUAGAGUUUUCUGGCUCCUCGUGAUAAUAUCAGCCACGACUGCGGUAUUCCUGAUAAUCGGAACAAGCUUGGACGUGUACUUAGAAAAAAACAGCCGUAACAAAAUGAACGGGUUCAUGUUUGACAAUUAUAGGUACGCUGUUAGCAGUGCCAAGUUACAGCCGCUUUCCGAGCAUUCCAAAAUCGAUUUGGAGUCUGAAAGUUCAAAGAGUUCCGAGACGUUGUCUAAAGAGCCACCAAUGACUUGUACAGCAGUGAACAUGUUGCUGGCGUUUUCAGUGCGAAGAAACUUAAGACAAAUAUGCGAUAAGUCUAUUGGUGAAGACACGAUAUCCACGGUACACGGUCUUCGAUCAUUGAGCAUGGUUUGGAUCGUUUUGGGUCACGUGUGCAUCGUUUCAUUUAAAUACUCGGACAACAUGGAAUUCCGUACCACGGCCGAACGGCAUAUGCUAUUUCAAUUGAUCAACAAAGCAACCUUUUCAGUAGACACUUUCUUUUUCAUCAGCGGACUAUUAGUUUCAUUCCUUUACUUCAGGACCACGGCAAAAGUAGACGUUAACAAACUGACGAAAACCACGGGAUUUUUAUCUAAUUUUAUCGAGUUCAUUGGACUGCUGAUUUACCGAUUCUGCAGACUUACUGCACCGUAUUUCUUUGCUUUGGGCGUCGUACAGCUGACAAUGAAAUGGUUCCAUUAUAAUUCCGUAUUUGACCCACCGACAGACGACCACUUAAAUUGCCCAAAAUAUUGGUGGAGAAAUCUGUUGUACAUCAAUACCCUGUUCCCCGUUCAGGACAUGUGCAUGCUUUGGAGUUGGUACUUGGCAGACGACACACAAUUCUACAUACUGGGAGUUAUUCUUCUCAUACUAUCUGUUCGGUAUUUCAAAGCAGCAGCAGUUAUUUUAGUUUUUUGUACGGUCGCCUCGUGGUUCACUACCGGAUACAUAGCAUACACUAACAAGCACAUGCCAAAUAUUGACGACCCGUUGGCGCUAUUCGACAAAAUCUACGAUAAACCGUGGACGAGGCUCGGACCGUAUUUCGUGGGCAUGUCUAUCGGAUGGUUGCUAUUCAAAACCGAAUGCAAAAUCAAGAUGAACACGCUAGUCGUGAUUACCGGAUGGACCGUUUCGUCGGCGGUGCUUUGCAGUCUGAUAUUCGGUCUCCAUCAAAUGGAUUUACAUCCGGUCGCGGCAGCCGCGUACUCUUCGUUGAGUCACACCCUGUGGGCCCUGUGCUUAUCGUGGACUGUGAUCGCUUGCGCUACCGGACACGGAGGUUACAUAAACAAAUUGUUGUCCUGUAAAAUCUUAAUACCGUUCAGUCGGACAACCUAUUGCGCCUACCUAGUUCAUCCGAUCAUCAUCAGGUAUGUGGUAAUGAAGAGAGACACUCCACUUCAUCUGACCGUGGAGACUGUGGCAAUUUUGUUUUUGGGACAAAUCGUAGUGUCUUACUUUUUUGCGUUUAUCCUAUCGAUCGCAUUCGAAGCACCGAUCGUGUCGCUGCUGAAACUCGUGUCGCCCACCAAACGGAACAACCACUGAUCAAUUAUAUUCCCUGUAUUUCAUUUAAUCAACGUCUGUGCGACAAAACCUAUUAUUUUAUUUUAUUAUUGAUUAUUGUAUUAUGUUACUCGUGAGUCAUGACUCGUCCACCGACGCGAAGCACUCGAAAAUACGUUCUUCUCAUCACGUCAACAGACUAUACAAAUUCGCAAAUUAAAAUAAUAUUAAUAAUAGUACUUUAUUACGUAUUAUAGUGGCGACUGGCGAGUGAACAGAGUAUUUAUAAUUUAAUUUAUAAUAUGUUUAUAUGUUGAUUAUUGUUUUAAUAAUAUAACAUAUUAUUAUAUUAUAUGUUAAUAAUUGUUGUUAUGUUAAUAAAUAAAUGAUUUUUGUUUUAAGCAAUUA